GUUAGCAUCUCGACUGCUUCAAGGCUAGGCGCACCUGCCCCAGGAUUCUCCUCCGAUUUCAGUUGCUGUUCAACAAUGAUCUUGGAGUUAGUGACUCUCGUCGCCCUCACGAUCUUUCCAAGAGGAAAGGUUGUGUUCGGUCAGGAAUCCUGUGUAGAUGGAUGCCCAACAAUCCGUCUGUUGGGCCUCAUGGUGCCCCUGGAAGACGAACCCCACGGCAUAGGGGCGUGGCCGAGGGAUGGCGAGGUCACCGUCAGCGGCCCAGGGUUCAACUGGAAGGGGGAGAGGCUGGCGGGGGCUCCCGGGCGCUGGCAUGACAUCACCACCACUUCCGGUCCUCCGUACUGUGUGACCGCUCCGACACUGCGAGAGACCAGAAGCUGUGGACCUGACCAAUACCUGGAAGUGAAGACAGACCAUCCAAGUUCCUGGAGGCUGGACUGUGACCGUUCCUCAUGCGGCUGCCAUACCGAGCGACUGAUAGCACUGCGCGUUCCCGUGGACGAGGCUGUGAAGAUCUACUGGUGGCCGGGAGAGACUUCGUCAGCGCGAACCAUCGGGCCCGGCCUGUGGAAGACCUUGGCGGUGGACGAAGGAGCGAGGAGCCAGUGGCACGAUAUACAAGUUCUGCCGCCGCUGGGAGGCAAGAAGUGUGGUCUUGUGAGCGACAGCCUUGGAAAGCGGUUUGCCUGCGGUCAAGUAUCUAAUGAGACAUCCUCCAUAUACAUUCAGAGCAGCAUUGCAACAGGCUGGGCUCCGAGCUACUGGGCAUUCGGUUGCACAGAAGCCCCAAGAGCACCACCUCAACCAAAGGCUACUUUCAAAACACCAAGGCCAGAUACACCGAGCCGGGAAACACCAAGGCCAGAUACACCGAGCCGGGAAACACCAAGGCCAGAUACACCAAGCCGGGAAACACCAAAACCAGAAUCAACACCACCACCCACAGUCAUACACCAACCAGUCCCCGUGCCGCUAACGGAAGAGCCAGUUACAGAAUGCUCUGGAUUCCGCGCGUCAGGCCUUAUGGUGCCCUUGGAAGACGCUCCACACACACUUAAGUGGCGGCCGGAAAACAAUGCCUCGUUGACACUUCGAGGCCCGGGGCUGCCGUGGGUCGGGGAGAAGCUGAGCGCGUCCCGUGACACCUGGCAUGGCAUCUUCACAACAGGUUCUCGACCGAAGUACUGCGUCUCCGUCCCCACGCUCCGAGCCGCCAAGAGCUGUGGUCCUGAGCAAUACCUCGAAGUGAAGGCUGAAGGACCAGCUUCUUGGCAGUUGGACUGUGACAAUUCCUCGUGUGGAUGUUACACACAGCGGCUGAUCUCACUGCGCUUGCCCCUGGGAGAGAGCAGCAGGCUGUCCUGGUGGCCUGGUCAAGCCACGAGCCUGCGAGUGAUUGCACCUGGAGUUUGGAGGAUGCUUGAGCUGGACGAGUCGGCCAGGUACCGUUGGCAUGACAUCACUGUCCAGCCUGAAUAUAAUGGCACUUCAUGCAGUCUCUCCAGCACCAGUCUUGGGAAGACCCUCGCCUGUAACCUCGAGGUCACGUCUUCGUCAACUAUUUACGUUCAGGGCAGCGAUUCCAACGGCUGGACACCAAGCUACUGGUCUUUCGGUUGUGCGGGCGUUCCACAGGAGUGCUUGAGAACACCGUAGAACUCCACCUGCAAAACUAGCCUCAACGACGAAAAAAGAUGAACAAUACAGAAAACUCAGUCAUUGGGGUGGAAGAAUAAGCAAAAAUAUAGAAUACUUUCUCAGAACGAGUGCUAGCGUGUGUGUGUGUGUGUGUGUGUGUGUGUGUGUGGCCGAGCAUUAUAUUGGAGGUUAGCUCUCUAUACGCCCAAGAUUCUAGCCACGAGGAUACCACCCAAGCCAUCGCUGAUUUCUUUAGCUAAUUCAAUAAAGAAAUAUACAUA